AUGGCGUUAUAUUUCGGCGACACUACUACGUACGUCAGUGCUUUGCUCAAGGGGAGAAAUUUGGGAGCGUCAGCAAGGCCACUGGCCCCUGUGGAAGUCCACCUUCACGUCUACGAGUACAUCGAUGGAGGUCAAAGGUUGGCCUGCCGGCCCGAGUUCACUGAUUUUUCCAUGUAUCUCGGCCACUUGGUGGAUCUACGAGAUCUUCGUCACAUGAUUCCUGAAAUCCUUUUCCAUACUUUCUACAACGAUCUGGACACUCGGCGGUUCUGGGAGGAGAAGCUCAUCGACUACGCUGCCGACGUAGGCCUAAUCGCUUUCAAUGCUGGCGUCCAAGAGCUGGAGCUAACCGUUGAGAUACAUAUCCGCAACCUGGCUCGGCGGCUGCUCGAGGUGGAGCAGGAGAUGGUUGAGCUGGCGAUAAAUGCUUCUGAUGAAGAAAUUGGACGUGGGGACUUUGGUGGCACGCCGGCGUCGGAGGCAUCGAUCAGGGAGCUGGAGGUGGUGAAGUACGAUGGUGUUGGAGGUGAGUUUGAAGACAACGGGUGCUCGAUUUGCUUGGAGGAGUUUGAGCUGGAGAUGGAAGUGACGCGAAUGCCUUGCAAGCAUGUCUUCCAUGGUGGCUGCCUCACCCAGUGGCUCGAGAAAAGUCAUCUUUGCCCUCUCUGCCGUCAGGAGAUACCCAUCUAG